UGCUGUCCAGGAGUUCACGUGUGUGUGUUUGCUGCCCAUCUCAGACAUACCUAACCGUGCCAUGAAGCUGCUCGUGCUGGCCUGUCUGGCGGCCGUGGCCCUCGCCCGGCCUCAGGAGUUCUUCUCGGACGCCGAGAGGGAGGCCAUCCGUGACCGUGACCGUUUCGCCGAGAUCACCAGCUUCGAGAACCAGCAGACCCAGGACGGCGGCAACGUCAACUCCUUCACGGCCACCAACGGCCUGGAGCGUCAGGAGGAGAUCCGGCUGCAGGAGGUCCGCGUCAUCAACGACGAUGGCCAGGAAGAGCUCCGCCUCGUGCCCUUCUACACUGGGUCCUUCACGUUCCCGAAUCCCGACGGCACCUUCACGACCCGGCGGUACUACACCGAUGAGACCGGCAUCCACUUCGAGGGCGACGACCUGCCCGUGGCGCCCCAGGCCUUCUAGAGCGGCGUCCCUGCAGGCCUUCUAAAUCGACACUCACCAUUUCAUCCGCACCAUUCUCACUCCGCUUUCGCCAGCCAGCCCACAAAACGAUAACGAUUAUCUCGUGGCAAGUGUCAGCGAUCAAACGGCGUGGUGAUCCCAUUACUUGUUCAUGUGAAGCAAUACAUGUUUAUUGUUAUUA